UUAUCCCCUCUCUAAAUAUUUCUGAUUCAUUUUAUAGAUGACUUCAUAGUUAUUUAUACCUUUUGAAAAAUCUAAAAUGAAUAUUGAAAAUUCUAUUAGCAUUCAUUCUGAUAUAAAUGCAGAAAUUUAUGACAUCCCAAUGAAUGUACUUAUUCGACCUAUUCCUCCAAUUAUUAAUGAAGAAAAGGUUCAAAGUUUAAUAAAUACAUUAAGCAAUCCUGAAACAGAAAUAUUUGUACCACCAAUCGAUGUUUUAUGGAUUAAAGGAAGCAAAGGUGGUGAUUAUUAUUAUUCUUUUGGCGGAUGUCACAGAUAUAUAGCUCAUCAAAGACUUGGGAAAUCAUUUAUAAAAGCUAAAUUAAUACAAUCUACAAUAACGGAUUUAAAAACUUAUCUAGGAGGUUCUAUGCCAAAUUUAAAAUAAUCAAUAUAUCUUUAAAUUUUAUAUAAAUAAAUAUACGUAAAAUAAAAUACAUCUAUUUAUUA